CGGCAGAAUGACGCUAUGCAGUUCACGUGAUGGAGCAGUUCGCGGGCGCGUUGAGAUCGCGCCAAAAUGCGCGGAGCGGGCCUUGUCGAUUUAAUUUUCUGGGGUCGCUUUCAUAUCUGGGUCAAGGGUUCUUUCUCCCAGCUCUACCGCUGCUCCCCCUUCCUGGAUUGUCAACCUGAACUUCCUGGGAGAGGUCUACAGGAAGUCAUGGACGAUACAAUCCCAGAUACCCCCGUUCGCUCCAAGAACGCAUCUGAAAAUGUGAAUGAAGAACCGGAGUAUGAGACGGUCGCCACCCUGCCACUUCCAAGCCAGCACGGAGGAACACAAACGCCCUCUUCACAGCGUCUGACUCAACCCACACAGAUUAUCGAGCGUCCUACACCAGAUAAGAGCUCCGUGGUGCAGGUUGCAGCAUCCUCUCCUCUUGCUCCAAUGUCUUCUCCUUCCCGUCCAGUCCAACGGGGCGGUUUGCUAUCCAGCGUCAUGGCUCCCCCGGGGACGCAGUUUCGACCACCGCAACCCAGACCAGAGAAGCGGGCUCCAGCUAUGGACCUCGACGACGAUGGUCCUGUCUACCGUGGUGGCUCGUCUGACGAUGACAUGGACACGGCCAGAUCGACAGACAUCAAACCGUCCACCUUUACGAAGUCUUCACGCAGUCCUGAUAAGGUCGCUGAGUCUCCUGUCUCUGGCAGUAAUUCUAUAGACAGGUUUAAACAGAUAACGGCGGCAGCUGUCUACAAGCCUGGAAACGGGAAGCGAACGGCAUCUGAGUCCGAAUUGUCUACCAAUGGUCCAGCGAAGAAGCCCCGCCAAGACCUUCCUUCUAGAGCCCAAGCUCCUGAGGUUAACAUCUCAUCACUGGAAGACAUUGACGAUUAUCAGAUCAGACUGAAGGUGGAAAGGAUGCUGAAUGUGAUGCCCGAUAGAUCUGUCCAUACUUGUGUGGAAGCCCUCUUGUUGAAGCGUGGAAGUUAUGACGACGCCCUGGAUUACCUUGCCAGCACCGAGGAGAAGAAGGGCAGCUCACUAAAUUCUCUUUUUGGCUCUUCGGAUGAUGAAUUGAGCAUGGACAGCAAACAGUCUGCUCCUGCUGCGGCUCUGGCUGCGGCUCCUGCCAAGCAGCAAAUCAAAGCGCGGACCAGGAUUCAGGACAAAUGGUCGUCUAUGCAGACUCUCCCUACCCAGAAGAGGCAGGAUGUUGCGGAGGACUCAAAGCCUCGAAGACGUCUGAUCAGGGGCCCUAGAAACAAAGUCUCGUCUCCCGUGAGCCCGGCUCCCUCUGACGCCCAGCCAAGCAAGGGUCGACUUGUGCAGAGCAAAAAGCCAUCACCAGCCCGGUCUGAGUCCCCAGAGGCAGUUGAUUACGGGUCUGAUGAGUCUGAUUACGGUGCGGGGGAAGAUGAAGAGUUGGAGACGAAAGUCCUCAAAUUCUUCAACUCUUGCACGUUACCAGAACUGGCAGACAUCGCUGCUAUCACCGAAGACACCGCCAACAUCAUUGUCUCGAAUCGUCCCUUCUCAUCUCUCGACGAGGUUCGUGCUGUGUCAGCCCCUCCUGAUGACGAUGCUCGGAAAGGCAAGACUGGGAAAGGUCGCAAAAACAAGCCCAUCGGAGACAAGAUCGUGGACAAGUGCAUCGACAUGUGGACCGGAUACGAGGCUGUCGACGCCCUUGUUACUCAAUGUGAAGCAUUGGGAAAGCCUGUCGCAGCUGAGAUGAAGAAAUGGGGUGUCGACAUCUUCGGUAAACGUGACGGUGAGCUAGAACUGGUCUCGUUGGACAAGACCUCCCACGACUCUGGGAUUGGGACUCCCUCAAGUCAAAGAUCGGACGAGGACAGCGAUGGACCUGCUGGCACUGGUUCGCGCAAAAGUCGAUUCAUUGGACAGCCCGGCAUCAUGAAUAAGGACUUGAAAAUGAAAGACUACCAGAUUGUUGGUAUUAAUUGGCUUUCGCUACUCUUUGAGAAGGAGCUCAGUUGUAUCUUAGCGGACGAUAUGGGUCUUGGAAAGACAUGUCAAGUCAUCGCCUUCCUUGCACACCUGUAUGAAAAGGGUAUUCAAGGUCCCCACCUUGUCGUCGUCCCAUCAUCGACUCUUGAGAACUGGCUUCGCGAAUUUCAAAACUUCUGCCCGACUCUAAAUGUCAUGCCAUAUUAUGCUGGACAAGCAGCACGCGCUGAAAUCCGUGAGACUAUUGAAGAAAAUCGCGACAGCAUUAAUGUUGUUAUCACCACCUACACUAUCGCGAAGGCCAAGGUCGAUGCGCACUUCCUUCGGUCUCUAGACUUCACGGUGUGUGUUUACGAUGAAGGACACAUGCUCAAGAGCAGUACGUCUGUUCUCUAUGAAAAGUUGAUUCGUAUACGUGCUCGAUUCCGACUUCUUUUGACGGGAACACCGCUGCAAAACAAUCUCCAGGAAUUGGCGUCUUUGCUAGGCUUCAUCCUGCCGAAGGUCUUCCAGGAACGAAAGGAUGAUCUUCAGUAUGUCUUCGCUAAUAAGGCGAAGACUGCAGAUGAAUCCCACUCGACACUUCUUUCAGCGCAACGUAUUGAACGAGCAAAGUCUAUGCUGAAGCCGUUCGUUCUGCGCAGGAAGAAACAUCAGGUCAUUGAUCUGCCAGCUAAAAUUGCGCGAGUCGAAUACUGUGAGCUCAACGAGACUCAAAGGGAGAUCUAUGACCACGAAAAAGACGAAGUCCGGAAACUCCUGGAGGAUAGAGCUGCUGGCAAGAAGACUGGUAACAAGUCGGCCAACAUCCUAAUGAAGCUACGCCAAGCGGCUAUCCAUCCCCUCUUAUACCGCCGCAUCUACGAUGACAGCACGUUGAGUCGCAUGGCCAAGGCUUGUCUGAAGGAAGAAAUGUGGUCGCAGUCCGAUCCUGAUAUUAUCUUCGAAGAACUGAAGGCCUAUAAUGACUUUGAGUGUCAUACAAUGGCUCUGAAUCAUCCUGGUUCUCUUGGCAAAUUUGCCUUGAAAAACAACGAGUGGAUGAACUCUGGAAAGGUGGAUAAGCUUUGCGAACUGCUGAAAAGGUUCAAGGAGAACGGUGACCGGUCUUUGAUCUUUUCUCAGUUCACUAUGGUUAUGGAUAUUCUCGAACACGUUCUCGAGACAUUGCAUAUGGGAUUCUUCAGGCUCGAUGGUCGUACAAGCGUCGAAGAUCGCCAGUCUAUUCUCGACGCGUUCUAUGAACAAACAGAUAUACCAGUUUUUCUCCUGUCUACCAAAGCUGGUGGAGCUGGUAUUAACCUAGCAUGUGCCAAUAAGGUCAUCAUCUUUGAUUCGAGUUUCAACCCCCAGGAAGACGUGCAGGCGGAGAACCGCGCGCACCGUGUCGGACAGACCAGAGAAGUCGAGGUCAUCCGCCUCGUAACGAAAGACACUAUCGAGGAGCAGAUCUACGCUCUGGGCCAGACGAAGCUCGCGCUCGACCAAGCGGUUGCGGGUGAUGACCCAUCAGAAUCGAAGAAGAGCGAAGAGGUCGGAAUGAAAGUCGUGGAAGACAUGGUCCUGGCAGAUCUCCAGAAGGAGUAAUCUACUUCUUAAAUCCUCUGUCCUAGCAUCAUGAGCGUUCUGUACUGGAUUUAUCUGAACGGUGGACAUUGUUUUACUGUAUUGUGCCCAAGACUCCAUUAUUCAGAGUCUGUUUUAUGUCCUUGCAUACUGAUCACAUAUUUGUUUGUCAUGCGGGCACGCGGUCUGAGAAAAGGAAAGAAAAAAAGAGUAUUCCCAUGUUCCGAAAAGACAUGAAGGUUUUCUGACUAAUGGUGUUUUUAUGGGGGUUGUACCUGGGAACGGAAGUUAAUGUUUCAAUAGAAACUAUUUCCUGCUGUUUAUUAAUUCAGCGGUCUUUGUCCAAGAUUAUCCAUUCUGAUUAUCCUUUUCCCCAUUCUCUAGCAUGGUUGUCAUUAUGUCAUGACAUGCACAUAGUAGAGAUAAUGUACCCAUUAUGAUUUGAUGGUAUUUUCCUAGUCAUAGACGCUU